AUGUCUCACCUCAAAUUUUACGCUUAUGAAGGUGCCGGCCAACAAAAGCAACGGGAUUUCUGGUACAGUCAAGCAGUCCGAGUUGGUGAUCGUAUUGAAUGUGCCGGUCAGGGUGGCUGGGACCCUAAAACUGGGGAAUUUGAGUUGGAAAUUAAUGCUCAAAUUGAUCUCGCAUUUGCCAACGUGGAGCGCUGCUUGAAAGAUGCCGGUGGCGAAGGCUGGUCCCAAGUUUACCGCUUCAACUCUUACCACGUCCCAAUCAACAACGAGGCUUUAGCAGCUAUGGUCCGAAACUUCAAAAAGUACAUGCCUGAUCAUCAGCCUAUCUGGACUUGUGUUGGUGUUCCCCGGUUAGGGGAAGACGAUAUGCGUAUUGAAAUUGAGGUGGUCGCUCACGACCCCAAUGGUAGUAAAGUGGCUGAUUCCUCGUGA